AGCUUUUUUGGCAACGCGAUCUAGGUGCCGUGCGCCAGUUUUGGACGCGUGCGAGACGUGCGGAACGCGCGAAGACAGGCCCAGAGCUAUCCAGCCCCUUGCGACGCGUGGCGACGCGGCAGUGAGCACCUAAGAUGCUGGCGCUCCGCACCGCCGCGCAAGCACUGCGCCGUCCCGCUUCAAGAACGCUGUCGACGAAGAGCGCCUACGCGUCGGCGCCGUACCGCGAAUUAAGAGAUGUGCCGGCAUCACAGCGAGAAGCGUGGGCGCAACGAGACGUCGGUCUCCACGCCGAGAUGCGCAAGCGCGUGCCGGCGGCUUUAGCACAUAACGGCGAGGAGUCCUUCGACGACCAUCUAGUGGGCGUCCAAUCCGUGCUGCGGGCGUGGGGCGCACCGGAACACAUCACCGACGCCGCGCUCUUCCACUCCAUCUAUGGCACGGAAGGGUUUCAAGGUUUUUCUCUACCACUUUCACAAAGGAAGGACAUCGCGGAUCUGAUCGGAGCUCGAGCGGAACGCUUGGCGUGGAUAUUCUGCAUGGUCGACCGGCUGACGGUCGACGAGACGGUUCUUGAUGCAUCAAAACCGUUGGUGUUUAGGGCAAGACCCGAGUUGGGGGCCUUCGCGAUGCCUCUGAAGUCGCGCGCCGAGUGGCUCGACUUUUUGUCACUGAGUCUGGCGGACUGGCUAGAACAGGUGGAAGGGGCGUCGACGAAGAAGAUCGAGUCGCCCGUGGGCGGAGUGGUUUGGGCGGAGGGCGAGGCCUGGGGCUACCGGCGGCACGCUUAUAAACAAAUGAGCGUCAUCCUGCAGAACGAGGGCGACGCGUGGGUCGCCCAAGCGGCUCCCAAAAUGUACGAGGCGGUCUUCGCCAACGAGCCGGCGGCUUCUAGGAAUGUGGUGAUCGCGAAAACGCCGCCCAUGGGCGAGGGCGCCAAGGCCGCGCAGGAGGCCGUCGCGAGCGCGGCGUGCGACUUCGAGUAAGUACUACUAUCACGAAAGUAUGUUCUUAUCUACAGGUG